UGUCCAAUGCUCUGCAAUGGUCAGCCUACCAAACACUCCUAACAAAUCCCCACAUUGACCGUUAAAGCCGUAGCGUAUGAUUCAACUUAAACACAUUUCGCCUGUGUUUAGGAAAGAAACACAUUUAGGCUACAUUACGACGUCCUGGGAACGACACCUUCUUGUUAAUUAGCUGAGCGAAAAAACAAGCCUCGGGGUCGUUGAUUUUGUGUUUUCACUGCUGCUGCUGCCAUGGAGGAGCAAGAGGACUCACAACCAACCGGGCAGAAUAGGUCGGCAACGCGGAGAGCGGUUGAUCUGGCUCGCCUGAUUAACGAGGACUGCUGUCGACUUUUGGAGCUGUAUCUAGAGCGUGAGUGCCUCCCCUCCAACAAGUCCUCGUCUGGCCCCCGUCUGGUGCUCAGCUCCCUGGAGCCCCUGGACUCCACCGACUCCCCCGACUCCUCCUCCCAGGCCCCGAGCACCGUGGAGCGGGUGUGGCACCACCGCUGCGCCCUGCGCCGGCUCCUGGCCCUGCUGGAGCAGCAGAUCGGCUGGGAGGAGGAGGAGCUGGGGCUGGAGGAGGGGGAGUACGAGGAGGUGCGCGGGGCGGUGAAGGCCCGGCUGGGGCACCUGCUGCACAGCACCCUUAAGCUGCUGGAGGCGGCGGCGGCGGAGGAGAACAGCGGGGAGUCGGAACACCUGGGGCCCGACCACGACUGCACACAGUUGAUGGAUGACCUGGAGCCAGACAGCGACUACACCCAGGGAACAGAUGAGAUGGACAGCUCCACUAGUUACAAAAUGAAGGUCUGGACCCACCAUCUGAUCCAGGAUCUUGUCCAUUGGACCGACUCGGCGAUGAAGACCCUACAAGUUCUCCAUCAGGAGAGAACGGGCGGGCAAGAACUGUAGACAAAAAGAAGGAAAAGGAGAAGCAUGAGGAAGAGAAGAACAGGAAGGAACAAACAGUGACCAAUAGCCUUGAGCUCAAAAUCAAGUUCAUUUUCCCGAAUUGUGAAGCCUCCUUUUUUUGCAAUGAAGCAUAUCAGCCUUAUCCUUUCUGCAAUGUCGCAUGACAUGAACAACACACUCAGACAGGAAUACAUACAUUCAUCAUAUAUGGUUGUUAGGCCACCCAUUGAGGAUUUUUUUUCACGUUUAUUUAUUGAUUAUUUUAACCCAUUAUGACGUAAUUUCAUCAGCCACUCUGAUUGGCCAGAUUAGUGCCAUUUACGGUAAAGCCCAGUGCCUGAGCACCCACUUCUGGUCAAGCGACUUAGGGGUGAUUACUUCUAUCUGCCGACCUAAUGAGGCUUUGCAGAUGAAUUACUUUGAGUUCAUUCAUUUGCUGCUGGUGGUUCAUGUUUGACGGUUUAAAGGGCUCAGUUGUACCCACAGAUUUACAGAAUGCCCUGCACACAAUCCUUUAUUAGACUAUCCAUUUCCGUCAUGGAUGCCAUUCAUUAUCCAUUCUAUUAUUGAUUCUAUUAUUGAUUAGACAUCCAUUCCCAUUAUUAAUAAUGUCAUUGGAGCAUUCAGAUAUCCUUUUUUUUGAGCACCAUAUCUCUAAAAAAUACUCUACGUACGACAGACAAACAGUACAGAAAAACAGACAGUGCGUACUGCGUAUGACAGACAAGAGGGUUCUUUACUCAUAACCCAAGGCUUUACACUGUAUGUAUACACUUGUUGUGACUAACACUGUGCAAUACACUAACUGCUUAGAUGUAGCAAAGUUCGACUGUGAAAUGUACCAAAUAGCAGCGAGAUGCUGCGCAUGACAUCAGCGUCAAACUGUCUAUCACUGUGACUGAUUGCAUUUCCCCACCGUGACCCAAAUCACUACAUUAUCACUUAGUAAACAUCAAAAGUUCCCCGAAGAACAUUCAGUUUUACACUGUGGAGGAACACCUAAAAGUUCUCUGAGAACCCUAGAAGUUGUCUGAAGAGCAUAUAGCUGACAAUUUGGUUCUAGGAUAAACCGCAAUGUUUUCUUAAAGGUUCCACAGGGAACCCACAAACCAAACGGUUCUUGGAAACAGUUCCCUGAGCAACACUGAGAUUCUUUCUAGAACGUUAAGAGGUUCCACCACAAUCUGAAGGUUCUUCAGGGAAGUUAAGAUGUUCAGUGUGAUCGGCCGCCCACACAGUGAAGCUGAUUUGACCCCCCGAGAUGGACCACACAUUUCACUUGUUCCUGGCCUACAAUAGCGCAAUGAAUAUCACUCAAUUCGGCCCAAAUCAGUAUUUGGCCGUUACCAGUGUGAGUAUGGGAUGGUGCAAAGGAAAAAGUACUCUGUUCUCGGGUUAAUAGGCCUACUAUCUGACUACCAGCCUUAUCCCAGAAUCAGCAAUGUAUCUGUGUGCUGGUUGUUGUAGUCAGGGAGGCCAACAGGGAGGCCAAAGGGGUCAGCUGUCCUGGGCCCAGAGUGAAAGGGGGCCCAGAUUUGGGUCCUCAUUAAAUUAUAUAUAUUGGGUCGGGGGACCUUUUAAUUGAUUUUGUCCUGGGCCUGGCCAAAGCCGUCAGCGGCCCUAGUCAAUGUGGUUCAGAGUAGAGUUACAGUGUGCUCCGUCUGGUAGCCCCUAUGCGUAAUGGCGGUAAGAAGACAGAUGGCUACCAGAGGUGUCCCACUAAUGGCCUAUGAUUCAUGGCCCUCUGUGGGCCAAGUGUAAGUAGAUGUUGAAUGUGUGGUCCAAAUCUAACCGCUAAGCCCACGCCAGCUUAAAGGGGAAUUCUGGCCAAAUUCAACACGCAGUUGAAUUGCUACCCUUGAAUUGUCAGUACCUGAAGAGGCGUCAGCCUUUUCUGAGAUCCUGACCAUUUUUAAUAUGAGCAUGCUUUGUUUACAUUUUUCUUUAAAAAGAAAAUAUCACCCCAAAGGUUACUGCUAUGUUGUAACAUGUCUGCUAGUGUGGCAUAACAUUUGGAGUAUGGUAAGUCCUUUUUUCAUUAAAAUGUAAACAAACCAUGCCCUCAUAAAUUUACCAUGUUACUGUCUAUUCAAAUGUAGUGUGAAGAAUAUUAACCGGAAUUGUCCUUUAACUUUGUGGUCGGACUAUCUCAGAUACACAACUCCCGUGUUCACCAUUUCACAAAACAACUCUAGAGUAGGAAGACACAUACUGUUGCUUUAUGUGAAGUCUAACACUGGUGACUGUUUUUGCACUGAAUGUAGUAGUGGAUAGCGUCCAAUUCUUCAUGGAUUGGGUUUGACUGAACAGAAUGAGGAAUGUAAAGUGAUUUAACCAAAAAAACUGAUGACUGUUACACUAUAACCUAUAGCCUGAAUGGGAGAUGUUAGGGGGAUGCAUAUAGCUUUGAAGUCUUUCCGAUAGAUGGAAAAUUAGCCUAAUGGGUGGAGAUCCAUUGCCUCAGUUUCCCUGCAAAAAAUAUUGGGCCUUUUAUUAGUUUACUUAUGUAAUUCCAUUGUUAGGCCUAUCUGGGAGCGAUUAAGGCCUAGGCCUAACUGGUAUAUGAGAAAUCCCUAACAACAAAUAUCUACAUGUGCGCAUACACGUCCUCUCACUCCCAUUUAAUACACACAUCAUUCAGAGUGGCAAACUAAUGUAGUAUUUAUUUUUGAGUAGAUGCAAUAGAAAGAAGAUGUCAUGUUGGUGUUCAAAUACACUCCAAUUGCUCCAAUAGCAGCUGCUGUGAGGAUGUGUAGAUUUGUGAGCGUUCCAGUGCUUUGGUUGUGUAAAUUAUUUUAUGAAUUUAUGAACUUACACCAAAAUAAAACUAGUGUGCACCA